AUGUUUAGCGCACCUGUAACUGCAAUAAAAAUUCUUCCUAAUCAUCGAAUAUGUUUAGCUGGUACUGGGCCUUAUGUACUUGCUUUUGAUUUGACAACAAAUCAGCAAUUAUUACAAAAGAAGAUAUUAGUUGAUUCCAUUGUGCAUGGUUUUGAAGCUCGUCAAAUAACUAAAGAGAAUGAUGAUUCGUCGUAUGUAAUUGUUGUUUUUGGUCAACGAACAUUUUCAAUUAUUCAAUGGUCUUCAAUAUUUCCUUCGCUAUUGACAACAAUAAUACCUCAGAUACAAUGUCCUUCGUGGAUUGUAAGUGCGCUCAUUGUUGAUUUAGAUCCGUUAAUUCAAUCUUUUACAGUUCUCUUUGGUACAGCAUUAAAUCAAAUCUAUCGUUAUAAUAAUUCAUUGGAAUUGAUUCAAUCAUUUAAAUAUACAACACUGUAUUCAUCAUGUCUUUUUCGCCAUAUGAAUGGAAGUAUUAUAUUUGCAGCUGGUACCGUUUUCGGCGAAUUGAUUCUUUACGAACAAGAGUCAAAUGAUCAUUUUCAUGAAAAAUCGACCAUCUCCGAUCAUAAUGGGGCCAUAUUCAGUAUAACUUAUCAUGAUAAUUUACUUUGUACUGUUGGUGAUGAUCGUACAGUAAAAUUAUAUAGAUUUCACGAUAAUCUUGAAUUAUUAGCUUCGUUUUUUGCUCACGAAGCACGUAUAUGGCAAUCGUGUCUAACUUCUAAACAUAUUUUAACAUGCGGUGAAGAUUCUUCUAUACGUUUGUGGUCACAUAAAUCUACAGGUGAAAUGCUACGUUGUUUUUCAGUACAUCGUUGUAAAAGUGCUUGGUGUAUGGAUAUAUUAAGGGAUAAUGAUGAUAAUAAACCAUUAAUUAUUAUUAGUGGUUGGAGUGAUGGUGGCGUACGUCGUUAUCAUCCUGAUGAUGUUCCUAUUGAUUCAGUUGAAAAUAUAUUAUUAAAUCAAAUUGCUGUUAAUGAUUAUCCGAGAAAUGUUAUUUUCUUAAAUUCUUUAAAGAUGAUUGUUCAAAUGAAUGGUGGACAAUUAUUAAAAAUAGAUAAUCAAAAUGUAACAUCAUUCUAUGAUGGUAGAAAUUCGUUAAAAAAUGGUUACGCGAAAAUGUGUGUUGCUAGUGAUGGUAAUCAAUAUAUUGCUAUUGGUUCAUUAGAUGGUUUUGUAUUUAUAUUUAAUCAAAAUGGAAUAAUAAUAAAUCAAUUUCAAAUCGAUAGUAAUAAAAAUAAUAAAAUUUUACAAAUCCUAUGGUUAAAUAAUACAUUAUCUUCGAAAUUACUUGUUUGUGUUCCAGAUGGAAUAAUGUUUAUCUACAAUAUAACCAAUCAACCUGCGACAGUCGAUCAUUGCUUAGAAGUCUUACCCGACUUUGAACAACGUUGGCCUAAUACAUGUUUACAUCUUGAUAAAUAUAAUUUGUUACUAAUUGGUGAUCGACAAGGAAAUAUUCUUUCGUAUGAUUUAAAUAAUCAAUUAAACUGUUCAAUUUAUCAACGAUUCGAACGUCUACAUGGUAUAAAUGGUACAUCAUCGAUUGAUAUUGAUGAAAAUACAAAUCUUAUUCGUUCAUGUGGUCGUGAUGGUUAUAUAAAUAUAUUUUCUAUAAAUGCUGAAGAACGAAAAUUACUUCAUCAAUCAACAUUUACGAUCACAUCGGAUAUAACUUGGCUUGAUCGAUUCAUAAAUUUUCCAUCGUUAAUCACGUGCUUUACAACGAAUAAUUUUUCUCUCUAUACACUAGACGAUCAAACAAAACGACGUUUAAUGCAUGUUGAAUGUGGUGGUGGCCAUCGCAAUCACGAUUUUUUUAUUGAAAAAAAUCUUGAUGCUUAUUUCGUUUAUAUAAGAAAUAAACAAGUAUUUUUAGCACGGAAAAAUUUAACGAGAAUAUUAAAUGAAGAAACAUGUCUAUCAAAAAUACCACCUACACAUGGUACAGAAAUUCGUUGUGUAAAAUUAUUUCAAUCCAAUAAUCGCGUUUAUAUGACUACGGGCAGUGAAGACACACAAAUUAAAUUGUUUACAUUUCAGGUAGGAAAGUCCAAUCCGCAAUGUGAACAUGUCUCAACUUUACAAUCCCAUCUAUCAGCUGUUUGUGAUAUAGUUGUAAUUGAUAAUUUGUUCUUCUCAUGCGGCGCACGAGCUCAGAUAUUUUCUUGGCAAAUGAAAAGUAAUAUUGUUGUCCGAUCUGGUUAUUUUAUGCUUCAUCCAUUACGUCGACGACAUGGUGGCGGUGGCGGUGGAAAUAUUAAUGAUGAAAAUAAAAAAGAUAAUUCUGAUGAUGAUCAUGGUUUAGAUGUGAGAUUUACUAGCAUCGCAGCUAUUUCCGCCGCAGCAGAAAAUGGAAAUUAUUUAUUAUUUGUUACUGCAUCUGAUGCAGUAUUACGAAUUUUUCGUUAUACACUUUCCUCAAAUCGUUUUACUCUACUUCGAACUUCUUCACAUUCUGAAUAUUGUCAAUUACGUGUCAAAGUAUAUUCAACUCGUCAUAUUGCAUUUGUAUCCUCUACAGAUGGUCUUCUAUGUGCAUAUGACUUUUCAUCAUUGGACAAUACAAUACCUUCAACGAGUCUAAAAGUUCAUCAAUCGGGAAUCAAUGAUUUUGACUUAAUUGAAAUCAAUGAAAAUAAUUCUCUUCGUCUAGCAAGUGUUGGUGAUGAUGGUUCAGUGCAUGUUUCAAUUUUUGAUAUCAACAAUUGGAGUUGGAAACGAGAAUAUUUAAAAGAUCAUUUUCAUCAAUCACCAGCAACAGGUAUUCGUUUUAUAAAUUCAACAAUGUUUGUUUCAAUUGGUAUUGAUCAAAGACUGAAAUUAUGGACGAUUAAAAACGAUGAACAAGUGUUAGAACUAACAAAGAAUUAUUUAGUUGAUAUUCGUGAUAUACUUUCUAUGGAUAUGAUUUUUUGUGAUGAAAAAAACGAAUUCAUUAUUGUUGUAGCUGGUGCCGGUGUUCAAACAAUUCAAUUCGAUUUAAAAAAUUGUUUGUUUUAUUCAUGA